AUCGUUUGAAAAGAGCUCUGCGUGACAAGUGACGUUUGUUUGCUUGUGUCCUCGCGCUGGUGCUCGGGAGUGGGGGAAAGCAACCGCUGUUGCUCGAGCGGGGCAGGGGACUCAACAGCCGGUUCCCAAACAGCGUACAGCCUGCUUUGGACACUUAUACCGGGUUUUAGAGCAGCCGACAAGAACACGCACUCAAGUUGCUCUGUCACUUUUGUUUUAGUUGGCAAUACACUUCGUAUUUCUCUUGUGGAGAAACAGGGAAAGGGCAGCACAAGGCUUUGCAACUGCUUUGUUCGUUUCUUCGAGCUUCCGCCCUUCCGAGUUCACACUGCUGAUUCCGAGGAAGGAAACAAAUGCAGGGAUAGAAAAAGGAAUAGGGAUAAACUGAGAACCACAGACACAUACAAAGAUUAAGUACGCAUGGAUUUAGUUAAUCCUUCUCGAAACUUUGAGCAGAAGUCCAGGCAACCAGCUACUCCAGUAGCUGGAGCACAUGUUACAUUGUGUCUCAUUGAGAACACUUGGUGCUGUCACUACUAGCUUUAACUCUCUUAAAAGGAAGUUCCUGAAAAGUCUGACCCGUAAAGAACCUUGUGAAUUGCUGUUGGUGAUUGGAACUGGAGUGAGUGCUGCUGUUGCACCACAUAUACCUGCACUGUGCUCAUGGCGAAGUUGUAUUGAAGCAGUAAUCAAUGCAGCAGAAGAUCUGGAGGUGCUUCAUCCUUCUGAUAUUACGGAGUUUCGUCAUAAGCUAACAGAAGAUCGUGACCUUCUUGUGCUUGCCCAUGAUCUAAUCCGGAAAAUGUCACCACGUACAGGAGAUACCAAGCCAAAUUUUUUCCAGGAUUGUCUAAUGGAAGUGUUUGAUAAUCUUAACUGUCACAUACAGAAUCCUAUGCUCUUGGAUGCUAUUCUUCAAUUAAUGGAUAGGGGAACAAUGGUUCUCACCACUAAUUAUGAUAAUCUGCUUGAACUCUUUGGUCAACAGCAAGGCAAACCAAUGGAAUCUGUCGACUUGAAGUGCAAGGACAAGGUGGUUCAGUGGGCCAGAGGACUACAAAAAUAUAGUGUCCUUCAUAUACAUGGACUAUUCACGGAUCCCUGUGGUCUGGUAUUGGAUCCAUCAGGAUACAAGGAUGUAAUGCAUGAUCAAGAUUUGAUGGAAGAAUUUCAGGAGCUGUACCGUACCAAGUCAUUUGUAUUUUUGGGCUGCGGAGAAACUCUGCGUGAUCAGAUCUUCCAGGCACUAUUUUUGUAUUCUGUUCAAGACAAAGUGGAUCUGGAACAUUUUAUGCUCGUGCGAAAGGAUAGCCAUGAUCAUUUCUUUAAGUUGCAGGCAGAGAUGCUGCUGCAUGGGAUUAAAAUAGUAUCCUACGGAGACCGAUUUGAAUGUAUGCCUCAGUAUUUCCAUGACUUGGUGACACAGAUUUGCAGGAGGAAGAGCCCAGAUGGUUCUUCUGCAGAUAGUACAAGUCCAAUACUAGGAACAUCUUGUUCAGAUUGUGUAAAGCGGAAACAAGAAGAAAAUGGUGAUGUAACUCAAAAAAGGAUCCGAAAAGCAAACGAUACAGAUUAUGGAGGACCAUAAAUUGUCCCAAUAAAGCACCUUCACCAAAGUGCCAUAUCCCAAUCCAUGAUGUUGGAUGCAUCGAAAUGGGACUGAAAACCUUUAUUUGUAUCAGCACAAGUUGAUUGGUAACUCCACAGAAUAAAAACAGUACUUUGUAACUGUUGAGCAGUUGUUACAACCAUUAAAUGCAAUCAGUGGCUCUCUUGCAUUCAUGGACUUAACUAUUUAUUGUGGUGCCUCGGGGGAAAAAAAUGUCUGGACGUUGCUGCUCUUUUAUCAAGUGUGACUUGGUGAGAAAAAAUCCAGAUAUAGAACACAUUUGUUUGAAAUUUGUUUCUACUAAAGUAACUAUUUUAAAUGUAUGAAUGUUGGAUGUUUUGUUCACUGAAAAUCUGUUCAAUGUGUUAUGUAUUAAAUGAGGGAAAAUUAGCCUUUCGAUGCUGAAUAGUAGGUACGGAGGGCAGCUUGCCCUAUUGAAUUGUAUAUUCUGGUUGAUUGCAGAAGGGAGUGAAUAUGAUAAAGAAAUCUGGCAUACUAUUCUGCUCUGCUCACCAGGGUAUAAAUGUAUAAGCUUGUAAAAUGGGAAUUAGAUUGUAAACAGUGGAUAAAAGAUUGAAAAAUACCA